AUGGAUCAUGAGUUCAAAAUCAAAGAUCUGGGCAGGCUAAACUACUUCCUUGGACUUGAGGUUCUCCACACGGAUUCAGGCCUAUUCCUUGGCCAAUCCAAAUAUGCUCAUGAUAUUGUUUCAUUUGUGGGGCUUCUUGAUUCUAAACUUGUUUCAACACCUUUAUCUUCUGCGACACCUCUUGUUCUUGAUGGUCGAAGCUAUGAUAAUCCCAACCAUUAUUGGUCACUUGUAGGUGCUCUUCAAUACUUAACGAUCACUCGAACCGAUAUUGCCUAUAUGGUAAAUCAAGUGAUCCAGUUUCUUAAGGCUCCUUCUAUAGCUCAUUUUCAGGCAGUUAAAAUAUUAAUUCAUUACAUCAAGGGUACUUUAUCAUUUGGGUUAACCUUUACUCGGCCCACAUCUACCAAUCUUGUCGGUAAUUCAGACACAAACUAG